CGGAAGGACAAGGGGACUCUGGGAACAUGGCGGCGGCGGCGGGAGUUCCGGUGGGAGCCGCUCCGGUGUGCGUGCUGGUGCUGGGCAUGGCCGGCUCCGGAAAAACCACCUUCGUGCAGCGCCUGGCCGCCCACCUGCACGGGCAGCGCUGCCCUCCGUACGUGAUCAACCUGGACCCUGCCGUGCACAGCCUGCCCUUCCCCGCCAACAUCGAUAUCAGGGACACCGUGAAGUACAAAGAGGUCAUGAAGCAAUAUGGGCUGGGCCCAAACGGCGGCAUAGUGACCUCUCUCAAUCUCUUUGCCACAAGGUUUGACCAGGUGAUGAAGUUUAUUGAAAAAAGGCAAAAUGCAUCUAAGUAUGUUAUUAUUGACACACCAGGGCAAAUUGAGGUAUUCACUUGGUCAGCAUCAGGAACCAUCAUAACGGAGGCCUUGGCCUCCUCUUUCCCUUCAGUUGUUGUCUAUGUGAUGGACACCUCUCGCAGUACCAACCCCAUCACCUUCAUGUCCAACAUGCUCUAUGCCUGCAGUAUCCUGUACAAGACAAAGCUACCUUUCAUCGUGGUUAUGAACAAAACUGACAUAAUCGACCACAGUUUUGCAGUAGAAUGGAUGCAGGACUUUGAGACUUUUCAGGAUGCCCUGAACCAAGAGACCUCCUAUGUCAGUAACCUGACUCGUUCCAUGAGUUUAGUAUUGGAUGAAUUUUACAGCUCACUGAAGGUGGUUGGUGUUUCUGCGGUGCUCGGUACAGGACUGGAGGAGUUUUUUACCCAGCUUUCUAAAGCUGUGGAUGAAUACGAGCGAGAGUACCGUCCAGAAUAUGAACGCCUGAGAAAAACACUGGAGGAAGCUCAGGAGAAACAGAAGAAAGAGCAGCUGGAGCACUUGUGGAAGGACAUGGGCAGUGUGUGCAUGCAGAGCAGCACCCUGGCAGGAUCUGGUGAUGCUUCUGCAAUGGGUCCCUCUGAGCUAAUCCUCACACGAGGAACUCUCGAUGAAGAGGAAGAAGAGAGGGACAGUGAUACCGACGACAUUGACCAUGAGGUGACUGAGGAGAGUCAUGAGGAGCCAGCCUUCAGAAACUUCAUGCAAGACAUGCGGAUGAAAUGCCAGAGAAAAAGCAACCUGAAUGAAUGAGACCUUCACAAACAGAAGAUUUGGAAGGAACAGCAUAAAGAAACUUGCACGGAGCCAUGAGUGAAGACUUUUAUUUGUGAACUUGCUUCCUCUGAUAGAUUUUUAUUUCUCUUUCUGCAGUAACUGUUGGUCAUGUGAGUUAAAGAUCUCGGAGCCAACUGACUGCACAGUUUGCCAUCUGCACUGUGGCUUCCUGAAGCUGAGGGAAUCAGAUAGCAGUUUCUUUUCCUCCAGAUUCUUCAGAUCUGUCUGUUGAGAGCUUAGAUUGUGAGCUCUGGCAGGCAGCAUUAGUAUCUGCAGCACUAACUGGUCCCUAGAACGUGUUCCAUUCACGUGUGCAGCCAGGUGCCUGCUGCAGCCAGGGCACAAGUAAUGCUGUACUGAACUUUAUCAAUCUACUCACUGUUUGAUGGUUUGGUUUCUGUUAAAUAUAUUUUAUGUACUAACAAAUGUGUGAUAAUAACAGAAGGGAAUUUCAUUUU